CUUCUCAAACUAGAGGACCAUUAGAUGUUUAGAUUGGGAGUCUAAUUUUAGUAUGUGUAUUUCCUUUUCUCAAGGUAUUCGCCAUUACAUAAUGUCAGAAGACCAUGGGAACAGCACCCGGAUCAACUUUGCCAAUACCCACCUACCAUGCUGUUGACUGCCGAUCAUGAUGACCGAGUAGUGCCACUGCACACAUUGAAAUAUUUGGCGACAAUGCAAUAUGUUCUGUGCACGAGCUUGGAGAAUAGCCCUCAGACCAACCCAAUUAUUGGUCGCAUCGAGUGUAAAGCUGGACAUGGAGCAGGACGUCCAACACAGAAAAUUAUCGAUGAAGCAGCGGAUCGAUACGGCUUCAUGGCAAAGAUGUUAGGUGCUUCUUGGAUUGAGUAGCUGAUGUUGUUGCCACGCAAAACGAAGUUGUUAUUGUUUAGUAAAUAAUUAAAUGUCUAAAUUGGACGAAUCAACAACUUUUUAUUUAUUUAUUUUUCUCUAUAUUCUUAUU